UUUCUAUAAAUAAUCAGCCCUGUAGAGCUGCAUCACUGUGCAGAAUUUAGAGAUUGGAUAAUGGCGCGGAAGCAGAAGGGGGAGGUGAAGCGGGGAACGCCGGCGGCGAAGGGCACGGUGACGGUGAUGAUAGCCGAGGAGCAACAGCGGUUCGCGGUACCGCUGGAGUACCUGAGCCACCCUCUGUUCGCGGAGCUCCUGGAGGAGGCCGCGGCGGAGUACGGCUUCAGCCACUCCGGCGCCAUCGCCAUCCCCUGCGCGGUCGAUCACUUCCGCCGCGUCCUCCACAACAUCGAGCGAGACCUCCGCCGCCGCCGCCGCCGCCGCCACCCGAACUUCACUCUGCCCAUCACGAAAUAACUGCACGCGCCGCCUCGUAGAACUUCAACGACGGAGCGGAGCCGGCGACUGUUUUUUUUUAAAAAAAAAUAUUGUCGGCCUGUUUAGCGUUUACUUCGAAUCUUCUCUAGUUCUUCCAUUUCCUUUCAGUAAAUUCUACUUCCUCGAUU